UUUUUUUUUAAUCUGAAACCUUUAUCCCCGCAUCAAUCAUAAAAUUCGCCAUCUCUCCUAUCUCCUCAUCUAGGGUUCCUCGCUUCUCUUCGUCAUCAUCUCAUUGCUUCCGUUCCCGGGGGCCGAUAUGGGUUUUUUUCCUAGGAAGCUCCAAGAUUGCUCGUUCCUCUGAUCGAGAUCUAUCGUAAACCUAUUUUAAUUUGUGACCUAGGUUUUCAGUAUUUGAAUUCCGAUUGUUAGGUAGCUUUUAUCGAGCGGGGUUGUUCUUUCCAGGCAAAUUUCGUCUUGUUUUGUUUUUCUCAAUCUGGAUUUCUCCGAUUUGCAUCGUUUGUCUUAGUCUAGCUGCGGUUGAUUAGGGUUUACAGACUGAUUGGGUCCUUUUUAGUUUUCGGAACUCGGUUCUUUUGCGGGAUUUGUUAGCGGUAGUGGCUAUGGACGGGCUUGAUAGUGGGAGCGGUGUCAAAAAAGCUCUCGGAACUGAGGAUCUUAAGCAAUUCGGAGACAAUUCUACAGAUGCAGGUGGUGCUGUAUUUGAUGCUUCUCAGUAUGCAUUCUUUGGGAAUGAUGUCGUCGAGGAGGUUGAGUUGGGUGGAUUGGAAGAUGAAGAGGAUGAAUCGCCAAUAGAUGGACAAUAUACGAAAGACUUUCUGUUUGAUAAGGAAGAGGGUGAAGAUUCUAGGACAUUGUCUGGGGUUGAUGAUCUUGCUUCUACAUUUUCCAAGUUGAAUAGGGAUGCCGAUGGAUUUGGGAACACAGGAACCAUCACAGAUAGUGGAUCAAGACAAAAUUCUUUUGUUGCUGAGUGGUCUCAAGGUCAAGGAGAGGAUUAUCCAAAUUGGUACAGCCGACAGAUAUUGGACUCUGAUGCUAUGUCAGAUAGCAAAGGUUGGGCAACACAGAAUUUUUCUUCUCAGCAUCUUGUUGAACAAAAAAACCUGCACAGAACAGCGUCUUAUCCCGAGCCACAACAUCAGCAGCAUCAACCCCACCAUCACCAACAGUUCUCCAGUGAACCAAUUCUUGUUCCAAAGUCUUCUUACAGCUCAUAUCCUCGGCCAGGUGGCAGAUCCCCAGAGCAGCACUUAGGACACCUGAAUAUACCAUAUCAUUCCGGUGGGCUGCAAAUGGGAUCCUCACCAAACCUCCCCUCCUUUCCGAGUUCUCAGCCUCAAUUGGCUGGCAUGCAUCACGGGUCACCACAGUUCGCAGCGAACAUGUCUCAAUUUCGUCCUGUUCUUCCUGUGAAUGACCGCCCGCCAUCUCAAUGGAUGAAUCGGCAAAAUAUGUUUCCAGGGGAUAGUUCUGGUAUUCUGAAUGAUAUGCCGCCGCGACAGCUACCUCAACAACAGUAUCCUCAGCAAAAUGGGUUGAUGCGCCCACAUAUGAUGCCUCAGCUGCAAGGCCCACAAAAUAGGUUACCACAUCCGAUGCAGCCACCCCUCGGGCACUUACAGGGCAUGCAGCCCCAGUUAUUUAAUUCUCAUCUUUCUCGAUCACCGUCUUUGGGCCAGUAUGAUACAUUUCUUGGGAUUGGUGACCUGAGAGAUGGAAGGACAGGAUCAGCUCAUGGGAACAGGCAGAAUAUACGCUUCCACCAACAAGGUUUUGACAAUAUGGUUCAGAGGAGAGAGUUUGGGUGGCCACAUUUUCGGUCGAAAUAUAUGACCUCUGAUGAAAUAGAGAAUAUUCUACGAAUGCAGCUUGCAGCUACUCAUAGCAAUGAUCCUUAUGUAGAUGAUUACUAUCACCAGGCCCGCCUUGCAAAGAAAUCUGCUGGGGCAAAGCUGAAGCAUCAUUUCUGUCCAAAUCAUUUGAGAGAUCUUCCACCCCGUGCACGUGCUAACAAUGAGCCCCAUGCUUUUCUCCAGGUGGAUGCUCUUGGAAGGGUUCCUUUCUCUUCAAUACGUAGGCCUCGUCCCCUUCUUGAAGUGGACCCUCCAAAUUCAAGCAACUCUGGUAAUCUAGAGCAGAAAGAUCCUGAUAAGCCCCUUGAACAAGAACCCAUGCUUGCAGCUAGGGUCACUAUCGAGGACGGUCUCUGCCUCCUCCUCGAUGUAGACGAUAUUGAUCGUUACUUGGAGUUUAACCAAUUUCAAGAUGGUGGAAAUCAGUUGAGACAACGGCGACAGGCUUUGCUGGAGGGUCUUGCAGCAUCCCUUCAGCUGGUUGACCCGCUCGAUAAGAAUGGGCAUAAAGGCGGGCUUUCCUCACAGGACAACUUUGUCUUUCUUAGGAUUAUUUCGCUUCCAAAGGGACGGAAGCUUCUUGCAAGAUAUCUUCAGCUUCUUUUCCCAGGCAGCGAGCUAAUGCGAAUAGUUUGCAUGACCAUUUUCCGUCAUUUAAGGUCCUUGUUUGGUGUCCUCUCAGCAGAUCGUGAAACAGCAGAAACCACAAACAAGCUCACAAAAAUAAUCGAGUUCUGUAUUCACAGAAUGGAUCUUGGACCAGCAAGUGCCUGUCUGGCUGCGGUAUCUUGUUCCUCAGAGCAGCCACCUCUUCGACCUCUAGGGAGCCCUGCCGGAGAUGCCGCUUCCAUAGUUCUGAAAUCUACCCUUGACAGAGCUACCGAGCUUCUUCGAGCUAAUAAUUACAACAAUUCAAGCAUGGCUCUUUGGCGGGCUUCCUUUGAUGAGUUCUUCAACCUUCUGAUGAAGCAUUGCGUGAGGAAAUAUGAUGGAAUCAUGCAGGCCUUGAAUUCACAACACUUUGCGAGCGAGAUGUCUGAAGCCGCUGCACAAGCCAUUGUCCGGGAAAUGCCCAUUGAACUUUUACGUGCGAGUUUCCCACACAUCAGUGAGCAGCAAAAGAGGAUACUCAUGGAAUUCCUCAAACAGUCUAUGCUCGGGAGCUCGGAUGCUGGAACUGACAGCCACCAGAAAUCCGAGUCUUUCCUGAGUUGAUAUCCUACCAGAUGGUGGAUGAGUACUGAGAAGCUUAGGACCGCCUCUCACAUGGAUUAACAGAUCGAGGCUCGUAAGGAACACACGACAUCUUUUAAGGUAUGUGGAUCCGGAUAAAGAAGAAGCUUUUUGCUGGUGUUUUGUCUGCAGGAAUGGUAAAAUGGAUUGAGCUUUUUUGGCAUCUAAAAUUACUCUUAAACACGAUGUUAUUUUCAGCCUCGACUCUGUGAAAGAAAGAACCGUCAAAUGGGAUUUUUCUUCCACUGGACAGAUUCUUCUUCUUGUCUGCCCGAUUUUUGUAACAGGUCGGUUGCGACAUUUUGUUCCAGCUUGGUCUAUUUCCAGUGCCAUCCGAAGAUGAAGAACGUGUUGAAAGUGUUUUCGUAGUUGUUGGCCAAAGGUUUCGAUUUUUGUCUGGAAACCCAUCUCUCAGUUUGUGUUUUGGAUGCUUCUUGGUCGUUCGGUUUUAUGGUUUCUUCCUACAAAAAAAAGGACAUUUUUCAUUCUCUUGUUCUUUUUAUAUCUUGUUUACUCCUUUUUAGCACUUAUGACGAUGUAUGAUUAAGGUAUGCGCAUUGAAGUAAAUGCCUUUGUGAUACGGAUCUUGUCCUC